CGACGACAAGCCUUCUCACCGGCAGGUCUUUGGCGGGGGACAGGUGAGAGGCAGACAGUGACAUGUUCUUCAGCCCGGGCUUCUCACCCGUGGGCAGCAGCAACCGGCAAUACGGAUACCCAACGGGGGGCAGGAAGGCCCACCGACAUGGCUCCAUGUUCUCAUCUCGGCCCUGCUCUACGUCCUUCUCACGGCCUUGGCCGUAGCCAUGCUCGCGCCGGCUGUCGGCAGCGGAUGUGUGGCGGAGAAGUCGGCGAGUGAGCCAUCGCUGGCGGUGCUGGGCACGAUGAGCGGCGAGGGCGAGUGCUGGGAGGUGAUGUGAUGCAGGUGUACCAGACAGGCAUGGUGAUGGCGAUCGCCUGUGGUCUCGUCACUGCUCUACACCAUCUCGACGAGCCAGGACUGGGAGGCAUGUAUGGCGGGGCGACGGUGGUCCUUGGCGGCCUCUUUCAUACCCUCGUCACUGGCUCGGAUGUGUGGCGGAAGGCGCUCCACGGGCUGCCGCUCAUGCGGGCGGCCGAGCUGCGCCUCUUUGGUGUUGUCCAUCACUUUGCGCUCCUCAUCACCGUCGGUACCAUCGGCGUGCUCGUCGGCAACAAAAUGGCGUCGGGGAGCUGGCUUGGCCCGGCCAUGGACGUCGGGUCGGGACGCCCGCGUCGGACAAGCUACCUUGACGCCGUCACCGGCAUGGAGACCUACGGUGAGGCCAGCCUCUGGGCCGACGACUGGUGAUGGAUGCACUCAUUGCAGCACCCGCUCUGCGCGAUCAAUAAAGUACCGCGGCUCACGGA